AUGGCCAAGAGGACGCUGCUGAUUUCAUUUCUUCUUACUGUAAUUGGAAUAUGCUAUUCUCAAGGUAGGUUUUCGAUUUUGGACUUUUGAAUUCUAUUACGCUUAAGGAUUUGAUCGAAGACGUAAUGUGAUACAAACCAACGACAGUCUCCCUCAUAACGUCGAGGUUUAUCAAUACGACCUCAAAUUGACGCCGUAUUUCAACUACUACAACUACAGUAUCCCAGAGGGUAGGAAAAUAAGUUUGUUUUUAAAAAACACCUUGCUACUUUCCAGGAAAACAAGGCAAAUUUGAAGGCGAAGUCUCUAUUCAUUUUUCCGUUAUAAAUUCGACUAGAGCGAUUGAGAUAAACAGCAAAGUGGACAGCGACUUCUUGGAUAUAAGUAUAUUCUCAACAGAUAGACUUGCAAUUUACAGCAGAUCCAAAAAUUAUGAAGGGGAUCAUGAAAUAAUUCGCUCGUUCUACAUGCUCGAACCCGGAAUAAAUUAUACAUUAAAUAUUUUGUUCAGCGGUCUGAUACAUAAACCUGAUUAUGGAGGCAUCUACUCGUACGAAUACGUCGAUAAACAUGGAAGAAAUACGUAAGUUUCAAGGGACCAAAAUCCUAGUCUGAUAUCAGUUUCACCCACUUUUUAUACACUCUUGAUAUUUCAGCGCCCUUUUGUCAACGCAAUUCCAAAGUAUUCAAGCCAGAGAAGCGUUUCCAUGCUUUGAUGAUCCCUUCUUCAAAUCGAAAUUUGUCUUGUCGCUUGUGCAUCCAAUAAACUCGACAGCGUACAGUAAUGCCAAAGUAAAAAGCGUGUCGCGCUUGAAGUAAGGACACUUUACAAAAAAAAUAAAGAACAUUUUUGAAAACGAAAUGCAUCUUUUUUAGCGAUAACCAAGCUCUGACAGUUUUUGAGCCUUCGGCGAAGAUGCCAACCUAUCUGUUCGCCUUUGCCAUUGGAGAUCUUGCAGAGACUGUAGUAAAUUCAACGCGAGGAGUCACGGUAAGUACAAAUCCUGCCUAACUGACUUGUUCAAGGUGCGGUCCAUAUCCAUCGCCGACAAUGACGGACGACUAGAUAACGCUGCGAAAUGGGCGGCUAAAUCGUUGGAUUACAUGGAAGACUAUUUGGGGAUACCAUAUCCUCUUGACAAGCUUGGUAAACGUUUUUUCUGGGUAAACGAAAAUGAGUUAUUUCUAGAUCAUAUAGAGACAAUUGAGCACGCUGUUGGCGCAAUGGAGAACUUUGGACUAGCAACGUACAGAGAUCAGUUGACAACCUUAAUCGACAAUGAACUAAUUCAGGAGGCAGAAAAUAAUGCAGUGAUAUGUCAUGAAACUGCCCACCAAUGGUAUCUUCCAAUUCCCUUUAAUUAAAUAUCCUCCUGCUGAUCUCAUUGACAAAUUUUAGGUUUGGAAACUUGGUGACGAACAAGAGAUGGGGCCUAGAAUUUCUUCACGAAGCCUUUGCAGUCUACUUCCAGUUCGAAAUUACCAAACAACUUGCAUCCGUCCAAUACUAUGGAGUAAGUCGGAAAGCUCAUAUGCUAAUUUUCUAGGAACUUUUCCACGUAAGAUCGGCGGCGGUAAACACACCAACGUUCGUUGACAAACACAAGCAUCCAAUCGCCAAUAACCAAAGUUAUUUUGAUGGUAAGUGAAAACACUGAAUCCAAAGCAUCUUUUACAGGAGUCACUUAUUAUGCUGGUGGCCAAUUGAUUUACAAUAUAGCCACACUAACAGGAGAAAACUUCAAGAAAGCGUUGACCCUCUAUCAAAAGCGAUACGCGUUUCGAAACGCGGAUCUGGACAAUCUGCUUGAAAUAUUUGACGAAGUACGUAGAGUACUUACAAAAUCAAACAUGUUAAUUGUAGGUCUGCGGUAACAACUUUCUGGGCGGCCAUAAAUUCUCUAGCAUAAUGCGGACCUUCUUUGUCAAAGGUGGACUCCCCCAAAUCCGUAUCACCUUAGCCGCUAAUGGGGAUUACCUUUUUGUGCAAAAGAGAAGCAGUGAGGAGGACGGUUGGAACGUCCCACUCAUCUACUACGAUCUUGACACUAACGAGACGCUUUACCAUCUACUGCCCAAAUCAGAAUUUUCAACUUUGCCGGGCAAUCGGCGAUAUCUCUUCAACCCGGCCCACAGUAUGUAUGCCGACGUUUUCAUAGAUGAGUCUGUUUGGGAAAAAACAUUAGCUAAUAACACGUUUGGAAAGUUGUCUGGUAUUCAACAACUGUCAGUUCUACAUCAUCUUCUUAAGAAAAGUGAACAAAGGGCCGUUAAGGUGUUGAAAGAGCACGCAAAAAGCAUCAACAGCAUAGUGUAUCCGACCCUGCCAGCGGCCAUAACGACGUUAAAGAGGGUGAGUCUUCAAACUGCUACACUUAAUCAACAACUAAAUUGCGCAUUUAGAUCAACCCCACCUUGUUGGAGGCCUUAUUAGAAAAGUUUGACUUCACUCCAACAAUUGAGAAUAGGUAAUAAACCAUUGAUACUCCAUUACUGAAUUUUUUUGGUGCCGCCGAUUUCAUUCCGGCGACUUUCCGGAAGGACUAGUAACUAUAAUAGACGAAAUUUUUUUCAGAAUUUUCGCGCAAGCUCUCUUGGUACUUGGCGUUCACCACAGGUUUCCGCAUAUUGUAAACGGGGCUCAGAAACUUUUCGAUCAAUUUAUCAUAGACUGUGCUCCAGGAAAAGACGUCAGUGCGUGCACACAGUAAGCAUUCUAACAUGUUAGUACAUAAAGUAAUGGUUUAGAAUUCCACCUGAAUUUCGUCCGGCUGUCUACUUCCAAGGAACGAAAACUGAAACAGGUGUCGACUUUCUACAAGACUACGAGAAGCGAGUAAAAUCUCACAAACUCGCAAAAUUUUUGACACCGGAACUGAAACGGCUAAAUACUGUGCGAAAAUACCGAGCUGCAUAGAUCACGGGGAGAGACCAAUAAGUCCGCCCGCUUUUCAAUGGAAACAUUAAUAUUUUUUAAGCCAAUAAAUUCAUCCAUCAUCCACCUAUGUCGUCAACAAUACUUUUCUAACCCUCAAGAGAAACACAUUUCGUAAAAUUUCGGAAUGUCAUUCAGUAAAACCACUGAAAUCCCCGAAAUCAAAAUAAUUAUUGUACAAAAGGGGGACUACGCACAAAAGGAUUUUUACUAUGAAAUUUACAUUGUUUAGAGUCCAAAGAAGUUUUGAAGCAUUUCAAAUAGGACUCAAAGGAACACAAAAGAGUUUAGCCAUAUAAAAAGCGGCUGGAGGUUUGGUAGACGACGCGAAAAUGAGGGUCACAGUAUUACUCACAUUUCUUUGUAUAGCUGUCUGCUCAAAUGGGUCAGUUAAACUCGAUGCAAAUUCAAAUUCACCAAUUGGCAGCACCGAUGACAGUCUGCCACAUGACGUCGUCGUACAUCAAUAUGAUCUAAAAUUUACUCCGUAUUUCAAUUUUUCGGAAUAUAGAUUUCCAGAAGGUAAGCAUUGUAUGUACUGUCUUAGUCAUUUCAAUAGAACAACGCAACACAUUCGAUGGAGACGCUGCAAUUACCUUCUCCGUCUUAAAGACGACGUUUCGAGUGGAACUGACUUCAGCCGUUAAUUUGUUGUCUACAGCACUACUACUAAAAGGACAGUCGCUCCGCAUAACGACUAUUGAGCAUAGAGAGAACAACCACACAAUCAUCAAUGCGGAUAAAGCUCUGCAGCCAGACUUAAACUACACUCUGAGAUUCGAGUUUAACGGUAUAAUUAACAGGCCGAAAUACGGAGCAAUAUACGCCAAGGACUACGUUGAUAAGUCAGGAAAUGCAACGUAUGAUGAUAAAACAAAGACUAAUAUAUAAAAUUUCAGAUCCCUUUUAGGAACACACUUUGAAGCCAUACUUGCAAGAGAAGCUUUCCCCUGUUUUGACGAUCCCUACUUCAAGUCAAUAUUUGUGUUAACUCUUGUCCACCCAUUGGGAUCAAAAGCAUACAGUAAUGCAAAACCCGCACAAUCGGCAAAGAAGAAGUAGGUUCUCAAAGAUAAUGUCUAACAUAAUGUUUCAGCGGUCAACAAUCAGUCACAACUUUUGAGCCGUCCGUCAAAAUGCCGACUUACUUAUUUGCAUUUGGCAUCGGCGACCUGGCCGAAAGCAGUACCAAGAGCAAGCGAGGGGUGGCUGUAAGACGGCCAUACGCUAACACGCAUUCGAUUUUAGAUCCGCACCUUAGCUAGCAGAAAUAGCACUGGCAGAUUAGACCAAUCGGCUAUAUGGGCUGCAAAAUGUUUGGACAUAAUGGAAGACACGUUGAAAGUAAACUACCCCAUGGAUAAGCUAGGUAAACAAAACUUUUAAAUGGUAAAUAUCGUAUGAAUCACAGAACAUUACGAGACAAUGGAACAUAUUGCCGGUGGAAUGGAGAAUUUUGGAUUCAUCAUAUACCAAAACAGCUUAACCAGUUAUAUCGACAAUGAUAUUAACUCGGAAUGCGGACGGGCAGCGGUAAUUUGCCACGAAACGGCACAUCAAUGGUAAGCGAAGAACAGCUUAAAAACAGAUCUCCAGGUUUGGUGAUUUGGUAACUGGUAAAAGAUGGGGUCUUGAGUUCCUUCAUGAAGCUUUCGCAACGUAUUUUCAAUGGGAAGCAACCAAACAAAUAGAUCAAUUUUCGUACAGUAUUGUAUGUUUUCAUUUCUCAUACAAAGAUUAUUUAACCGUCUAGGAAUACUCGACAAUCCUUCACGCUGCAGAUUCGCGUAACAUCUCACAACAAGAAAAUCAUCCAAUCGCUGAUAAUAUCAGCCGCUUCGACGGUAAGACCACUUAAAGAAACGUUAAAGUUGUACUCCAGAUGUCACGUAUUCGGUUGGGGCACACCUUUUGAGAACAAUACAAUCUAUUACCGGUGAGAACUUCACAAUUGCCUUAACCAAUUACCAAAAGAAGUAUUCAUUCCAAAACGCCGAUCUUGAUUCUUUACUCGGCAUCUUCGAUGAGGCAAGUUUUUUGAACGAAAAAAUUUAUUAAUUUUUCUCUUAGAUUUACCAAGACCGCUUUCUGGGAAAUCAUAGAUUUUCGCUUGUAAUGAGCGACUACUUUACAUACACGGGUUUGCCAACCAUUGAAGUGACGUUAUCAGACAACGGUGACUACAUGGUGCGGCAAACUUCGAAAGGAAAACAGUGGGAUGUCCCAGUCAUCUUCUUUGACAUUGAUAACAAAAUUCAAUACGUUCAUUUAAUUCCAAGGAACGCCACCACCUUUUCAACGUUUACUGGAAGUCGCAAUUAUCUAUUUAAUCCCGGACUUUCAAUGUUUGCUGACGUCUACGUUGACGACACAGUAUGGGAUAAAAUCUUGUCAUGUAACACCAUAACAAAGUUAUCGGGACUCCACCAACUUUCGAUAGUAGCAAUGCUCUCAAGAUCUAAUCCGGAAAAGGCUGCCAAAUUUGUCCACGAUCUGGCGAACCUAAACAACCCAAUUUACCCGACCUUGUACGAGCUGCUUUUUACGUUGUCUAAUGACGUAAGUUCACGCCCGACUUCAAGCGAAAGGCAACUGCACCAAAAAAUAAUUGCUGCGUUGGCCAAAAAGUUUGACACAAAGCCAACAAUAGAAAACAGGUAAAAAACUGAUCCGACCUUUCAUAACCAAGCGGAUAAUUCAGGGUUUUGGGCAGGUCUUUGCUACAACUUGGAGUUCGUGAAGAAGUCCCCGAAGCCGUUGUAAUUGUGAAAAAAUUAUUCGACCAGUUCAUUGUCGAUUGUGGACCAGGCAAAGAGGUCACCAAUUGCACACAGUAGGUUCAUAUAAAAAUUUUUACUUAAAAAUCCCACUGCUUAGGAUUCCUCCAGAGUUUCGGGUAGCGAUAUUUUUAUAUGGCAAACAGACACCUGCAGGAGAGAAGUUCUUGAUAGACUAUUUGCAACGACUCCAGAAGAGCCCUGCUGCCGACGCAUUAAAACCCGAAAUAGGCAGAAUUCUAGCUGUUGCUUCUCCUCAGCCGUCAAGGGAAAAACUUUACCACAGCCCCAAAACGACAUUUUUAACCCAGGAGUUUAUAAAGAUCUGA